GUGUGGACAAGCGAUGACAGCCAUGCUGAGCCCAAAGAUCAGACAGACCAGGAGAGCAAGGUCCAAGAGCAUGGUGAUGGGCGAGGUGUCGCGGGGCCCUUGCCGGCCUGCCUCCCCCAGCCUGCAGGAGGGGGCUCUGAAGGCUGGCUGGCUGAAGAAGCAGCGUAGCAUCAUGAAGAACUGGCAGCUGCGCUGGUUUGUGCUGCGCUCAGAUCAGCUCUUCUUCUACAAGGAUGAGGAGGAAACUAAACCACAGGGUUGUAUACCUCUGCAGGGGUGCCAGGUCAACGAGCUCACAGCUAAUCCAGACGAACCAGGAAGACACCUUUUUGAGAUUGUACCUGGUGAGAUCUCAGUUUUCAUUAUUCAACUUUGA